GAAAUGGUUCGUCAUAUUUGAUGUAACAAAGAGAAGGACAGAUAUUCCUCACAGAAAAGUGAAGCUGUAUUUAUGGAUCAUCGUGCUUGAUGGCUGACUUCAGCUGAAGUGUGAUUUCUGUCUUGAUCAUCUGUCAUCUCCACGUCCUCUAUUUCAUCAGUUGUGAUCGCUACCGUAGGACUGAGAGGAAAUUCAACUUAUGCGGCAUCUUGGAGAAACAUCUCUGUCCAAGGUCCUGAAAUCUGCUUUCCCAAGCAUGCGUCAUGUGACUUUACCCAGCACUGCCUAGCUCAGCACAGAGCCUGCUGGUUUCUGGAGAUUUCACGUGAGAAAAAAGGACAAACCCAAACCCUUCCCCUCUCCCUCUCCUCCUGCGUUGUUUGGACUGUUUUAUUUUCGACUUCCUUCUGCUUAUCUUUUAUUUUUUACGCACGAUCGGAUGAUGUGGACCCUAAAAGCCCUCGGAGUAUGACAGAAGAUUUUGGGAUGCUGGACUUGUGUUGCUCGUUCGUUCCUCUCCUUUUACCUAAAUGCCAACACGGUGAAUGCGUCGGACAGAGUGGACGAGCCUGCAGCUAGUGCUCCGCAUUCAGAAAGUCAACAUCUCGUCCUUCUUGGUUUGAUUUUUUUUCUCUGGAGCGACUUCAAGAAAGAUGUAACAAGCAAUCCACCUUGCGCAGCUUAAGUCUCCUCAUCAAAAUGCAGAAGGGAAUACGACUUAAUGAUGGUCAUGUCACCUACCUGGGGCUUUUGGCGAAAAAGGAUGGUACGAGACGAGGGUGCUUGAGCAAAAAAAGCUCAGACAACACAAAAUGGCACACAAAGUGGUUCGCUUUGUUACAAAAUAUGCUCUUUUAUUUUGAGAACGAGUCCAGCUCUCGACCCGCGGGAUUAUACCUGUUGGAAGGAUGCAUAUGCGACAGGGCGCCUUCACCGAAACCGUCAUUGUCAGCCAAGGAGUGUUUGGAAAAGCAGUAUUAUCUCACUGUCAGCUUCACCCAGGAAAACCAAAAGGCGCUCGAGUUACGCACAGAAGACGUUAAGGACUGCGAUGAAUGGGUGGCUGCAAUAUCACAUGCCAGUUACAGAAACUUGGCCACUGAGCAUGAGAGUCUCAUGCAGAAGUAUCUUCAUCUGCUUCAGAUUGUGGAGACGGAGAAAACAGUUGCUAAGCAACUUCGACAACAGAUAGAAGAUGGGGAAAUAGAGAUUGAAAGGCUUAAGUCAGAGAUUUCUGGGCUACUCAAAGACAAUGAGAAGAUUCACGCCAGUCCUGCAGCCGCACCAACAGAUGAUGACUCUGAAAUAAAAAAAAUUAAAAAAGUCCAGAGCUUCCUGCGAGGCUGGAUCUGCAGGAGGAAGUGGAAGACAAUCAUCCAGGAUUACAUCCGCUCACCCCAUGCUGAGAGCAUGAGGAAGAGGAACCAGGUCGUGUUUAGUAUGUUGGACUCAGAGGCCGAAUACGUUCAGCAACUUCACAUUCUGGUGAACAACUUCCUGAGGCCUCUCCGCAUGGCAGCCAGCUCCAAGAAACCGCCCAUCACCCACGAUGAUGUCAGCAGCAUAUUCCUAAACAGUGAAACCAUCAUGUUUCUACAUCAGAUAUUUUACCAGGGUCUAAAAGCCAGAAUAGCGAGCUGGCCAACAUUAGUCCUGGCCGACCUGUUCGAUAUCCUGCUGCCCAUGCUGAAUAUCUACCAGGAGUUUGUGAGGAACCACCAGUACAGCCUGCAGAUCCUGGCCCACUGCAAGCAGAACCGGGACUUUGACAAGCUCCUGAAGCAGUACGAGGCUAAGCCUGACUGCGAAGAGAGGACUCUAGAGACCUUCCUCACCUACCCCAUGUUCCAGAUUCCCCGAUACAUUCUUACACUUCAUGAACUCUUAGCCCACACACCCCAUGAACAUGUCGAGAGAAACAGUCUGGACUACGCCAAAUCUAAGCUGGAGGAGCUUUCCAGGAUCAUGCACGAUGAAGUGAGCGAAACCGAAAACAUCAGGAAGAACCUGGCAAUAGAGCGCAUGAUUGUGGAGGGCUGCGAAAUUCUCCUGGACACCAGCCAGACAUUUGUGAGACAAGGGUCUCUCAUCCAGGUGCCGAUGAGCGAGAAGGGCAAGAUUACCCGUGGGCGACUGGGCUCUUUGUCUCUAAAGAAGGAAGGGGAGAGGCAGUGCUUUCUCUUCUCCAAGCACUUAAUAAUCUGUACCAGAGGUUCAGGGGGGAAGCUUCAUCUCACUAAGAAUGGAGUUGUCUCUCUCAUAGACUGCACCCUUUUGGAGGAUCCUGAGGGGACAGAUGAUGAAUCCAAAUCAGACAAGAGCGGCCAGGACAUGGAGCACCUGGACUUUAAGAUUGUCGUGGAGCCAAAGGACAGCCAGUCAUUCACAGUCAUCCUGGUCGCCUCCUCAAGGCAGGAGAAGUCUGCAUGGACCAGUGACAUCAGCCAGUGCAUAGACAACAUCCGGUGCAAUGGGCUAAUGAUGAACGCCUUUGAGGACAACUCAAAAGUCACAGUGCCACAGAUGAUCAAAUCAGAUUCCAGUUUGUACUGCGAUGAUGUUGACAUCCGCUUCAGUAAGAUGAUGAACUCCUGCAAGGUGCUGCAGAUCCGCUACGCCAGUGUGGAGCGCCUGCUGGAGAGGCUGACAGACCUCCGUUUCCUCUCCAUCGACUUCCUCAACACCUUCCUGCACUCGUAUCGCGUGUUCACCACCGCAGACGUGGUUCUGGACAAACUCAUCACCAUCUACAAGAAACCCAUCAGUGCCAUUCCUGCACGGUCCCUGGAGUUAUUCUUUGCGAGCAAUCAGAACAGUAAACUCUUGUAUGGAGAGCCUCCAAGCUCCCCCAGGGCAAGCAGGAAGUUCUCCUCUCCUCCUCCUCUCACUAUCGCCAAGAAUUCCUCACCAAACCGCCGGCGAAAGCUCUCCCUCAACAUCCCCAUCAUCACUGGGGGCAAAGCUCUUGACCUGGCUGCCCUCAGCUGCUCCUCAAAUGGCUAUGCAAGCAUGUAUUCAUCCAUGUCCCCGUUCAGUAAGACCACCUUGGACAUCAACAAACUGUACGUGUCCAGCCCAAUCGCCAGCAAAAUCCCUGAUGAGGGAGAGGACAAGAAGGACAAGAUGGAAGAGUGCAAACAAGAUCUCUCUGUACGAGAAGAAAGUGACAACGAUCAUAUCCAGAGUGAUGACGGGGACGCAGAGGCCUCUCCUAUCAAGUCACCUACCACCCCAAAAAACAUUAAAUGCAAAAACUCCUCAGAGUUCUCUCUGUUUUCUUACAACAAUGGCAUGGUGAUGCCAUCAUGUCGAGAGCUUGAUAACAACCGCAGUGCCCUGUCUGCUGCCUCUGCAUUCGCUAUUGCUACAGCUGGGGCCAAUGAGGGCACACCUACCAAGGAAAAAUAUCGGCGGAUGUCCCUCGCCAGCACUGGCUUCCCAACUGAUCAGAGAAAUGGAGACAAAGAGUUUGUGAUCAGACGAGCAGCAACCAACAGAGUUCUAAAUGUCCUGAGGCACUGGGUGUCCAAACACUCUCCGGACUUUGAAAGCAACAAUGAGUUAAAAACCAAAGUUAUUGCCUUCCUGGAUGAAGUGAUGCAUGACCCCGAGCUACUGACCCAGGAGAGGAAAGCAGCAGCAAACAUAAUAAGGACUCUAACUCAGGAAGAUCAUGGUGACAACCAGAUGAGUCUUGAAGAUGUGACACAACUGGUGGGAGGCGGGAGAGCAGAUCCCUUUGAGAGCCAUUCUGCAUUGGAGAUUGCGGAACAACUCACUAUGCUGGACCACCUGGUGUUUAAGGUCAUCCCCUACGAGGAAUUCUUUGGGCAAGGCUGGAUGAAGAAUGACAAAAAUGAGAAGACACCAUACAUCAUGAGAACUACAAAGCACUUCAAUGAUGUAAGCAACCUUAUUGCCACAGAGAUCCUGCGCUGUGAGGACGUGGUCACUCGUGUUGUAGUCAUAGAGAAAUGGGUGGCUGUAGCUGACAUCUGUCGCUGUCUCCACAACUACAACGCUGUGCUUGUGAUCACCUCCUCUCUCAACCGCAGCUCCGUCUUCCGCCUCAAGAAGACCUGGCUCAAAGUUUCCAAACAGACAAAAGCACUGAUUGACAAGCUGCAGAAGUUGGUGUCAUCUGAGGGGAGGUUCAAAAACCUAAGAGAGGCUUUGAAGAACUGUGAUCCUCCCUGUGUGCCCUACCUGGGAAUGUACCUCACUGACCUGGCUUUCAUUGAGGAGGGGACACCAAACUACACUGAAGACAACUUGGUCAACUUCUCCAAGAUGAGGAUGAUUUCUCACAUCAUCAGAGAGAUCAGGCAGUUUCAACAAACAGCUUACAAAAUUGACAUGCAACCAAAGGUAGCCCAGUAUCUACUGGACAUGAGCUUUGUUCUGGAUGAAGAAAGCAUGUACGAAUCCUCACUCAGAAUUGAGCCCAAAGUGCCCAACUGAUGUGACAGUUAGCCGUCCACAUUAUUUUCUCUGUUAAUAUUAAACAACUUAACAUACACAUCCACUUUUGUAUAGUUGUACAUGUUUAGGAUAUUUACUCUUCUGUACAGUAGAUGUUUGAGGUUGGUUUUACACCUUUCAGUGUAUUUUUUUUUUGUUACCAUUACCAUGAUGCCAACUGCUUUAAGGCUUUUUUUUUUUUUUCUGGGGUAUUUCAAGCAUAAUAACAGAGGUCACUUUGGAUGAACACAACUGUUUCUGUUCAGUGACCAAUGACAUUAUUUUGCAUCACCUCAUUCUGUGUCGACUUUGCACUUUCUGAGCACCAGUGCUGCCGGCCGUCAUUCUGUUUGCUUGAGUUUUAUUGAUGACUGAGUUUCUCUGCAACCAAUGUAGCAUUGUAAAAAUUUAACUGUAACAAAUCAGGUAAAAGAGCACAGUGAAUAUAACUGCUUUUAAAGACAAGGAACAAAGAAUGGUGAUGACGACAGUGAAGUAUCUGAAGCAUGGCUGUUUCUGUGCUUCCCAAACCAAAACGAGAAUGGAAGGAUUUAUUUUGUCAUUUCUGCUCAAAACUCUGACAUGUCAGGGGUUCUCAGCUGCUGUUUGAACCAUUUUUAUAUGAAAAAACUUAAUGUAGAGCCAGUGUGCUGAUGAUGGAUUGAUUAGCAUUCCUCAUACAUGAUGACCAGGUCUAAGAGUAUUGUUAGCAGCUCUGCAAGGCUUUAACCAAGGCCCAGCACUGCUCAAAACUUAAAGCUAACAUGAGCAUGCUAAAAUGCCAAGAAACGGCAAUGCUAAAAAAAAACUUGUGUUUACCAUAUCAACCAUAUUUGCUCAGGGUGCUAGCUUUCUACCAAUUGCUAAUUAGCACUUAACAUGAAGGCUAGCCAAUAAGAAAGACUUUAACUUUACAGGUGUAGACACUACUGAAAAUAUUGGGACUAUUUAAAUUGACCACAUGAUGGUCCUUGCUAAAAGUCAGGAGCUCAUCUGUAGAGUGAUGUAAAUAAUUCUGAGGGAGAUGAAUGUCUGAACCAAAUUUAUGACAGUUUAACAAAUGUUAUUAAAAAAGUGGGGUGAGGGUGGCGCUAGAGGAAAAGACAAGGGGUCACCAAAGUCAGGCAGAUUCAUCCUCUUUGAACUGUUCAUAUUUAUACCACAUUUUAAUGAAAUCCAUUCAAUAGUGGUUGCAAUAUUUUACUCUGGAUCAAAGUCGUAGAUCUGAUCAACCAGAAAACUAGCACUGCAAUCUCUAAGGUUAUGCAGCAAUCAUGGUUCAUGUAUUGUUGAGAACAUGAUAGGGGAGGUAAACAUGAAAGAUGAAGAAUUAUUUUAUUACUAUUCCAGAUAUAACGCAUAAUCUUGCAAUUUUUUUUCUUUGCCAGAAAAUAAUCCAAGUGUCAGUGACAUACAACAGGGGUCUGAACCUCUCCUUUAGAAUAUAUAGCUUCAUAAACAUCCUUUGGAUUGUUGAGAAGAGAUACACUCAGCUUGUUGUCACAUGAAGUGUCCAAACCUAAUGUAGACACAACAGUUAAUUUUCCAGUUAGUUAAGGCUUUAUGUUUCUUAAGAUUGUAAUAGUUUGAUGGAACAGAUAAAUAUCCAGAAUUUACUGUUACACUUGAAGUUACAGAAGUACAGCACAGUGAGUUUUUCCUAUGUUCAAAUUUAAUGUUUCUCAUACAAAAAAAAAAACCAAGCAGUGAAAAGUAUUGCACCUGCAGGUUUGGCGAUACUAGAGUAAAAGGUUGUUGCUCUUCUGUAAUUAAAAGACAAUCUGUCCUUUUUGCUGUUCCAGUGAUUGUGGAACGUGACUGUAUAUCACUCUGUUAUAUGCAUUGCUGUUUCAAACUAUGAUAAAAUGUAUGUGAAUGACCUCUGCCUGCAGCAUUCAAACACUAUUUUUGUAGUAGUACAAGAGACAGUGACCUGCUCUUUAUAUGAACAUGGAAAAGUAUUUUGUACUUUGUUGUUAAUUCACCUCACUGAGAUGUGCUGUACAUUUUGUACAUGCAACCCUGCAUAAUUCUCAAUGUGGAACAGCGUAAUCCUUUCAGAAAACAUAAGCAAAAAAAAGUUGGAUCUCAAGCUUAAACACUAAACGUUACACAGUGUGGUCCUAAAACCGUGACUUAGAGGUAGGAGACAACUUUGAAGUGUUUUGCAUAUACUGUAAUCCUGUCUAUAACCAUUUCUGUUAGCAGGAAUAUAGUAAUGUAGUGCUUAUUCUGUGAAUAUUUGUAUGUAUUUUUACUAUGUAUGUACAGUACACUUUUAAAGCUCAUAUGGCAGGCAUGCAACACUGUCACAGACAGAAUAUUACUAUAUACUUAUACUCUACACUUAUACAUGCACAUACUCUUAUAAGAUAUAUAAACAAAUAAACAUUUUGCUGUUAGCAAUACCCAGUGGUAUGAAAAUUAUCUUUCAACCCUCAUGUUUCCACACCUUAAGAAAUAUCACCAGUUUUGUAAGAAAAUAAAUCAAAACACAACAAAAGAAAAGACAUGAUGAUGAUAUCAGCAAAUAAAAAAAUAUUGUUUCCCAGUUACCUCUUGCUAAUAAAUCCAUUUUAUAUCGGG